CGAUGGGGAACGCCAGACGCCCGGCGGGAGCGAGGCCCCGGGAGGAGCCAGAUCGCCGUGUCGGCCCGACACGCGCCACAAGUGGUUCGCAGAAGGAGGGAGGAGCGCGGCGGCCCGGGCCAAGAGGAGCCCGUGCUUCUGGAAGUCACCCCUCCCCGGCCCCGUGUCCCUCGUCCCCCCGUCCCUUCCUCUUUGCCGACGAGAGGAAUGACGCCCAAGCCCGAACCGCCGUGCGCACGCAACCUGCGCCGAGCCGAGUGGAAGUUUCCAUGAUGAGGAAGUUCUGUGACACGAGGGUUCGGAAAAGGUCACAUCCUACUAUCUUACCCCAGGAUACCUUACAAGACUUUGUCAAGCAUCUUGCUGAAAUAGAUCUGCAUUUUCCCUCCCAUUGGCCGUCCUGCGUGGGUACCAAGUCCCACACAGGAUUUCACGGAUUGUCAGGAGAUGUCAGUGAAAAAAAGGGUCCAGAAUGAUUACUAACCCAUGACUCCCAACAGUAUGACAGAUUUUCUUAACCCUGUGGAUCUCAAACUCUACUGGGUAUCAGAACCAUCUGGAGAACUUGAAAAUGGCCUUCCAGCCUGGGACAAGCCGAAGACUUGUCCACACGGCGAGCAGGAGUGGAAGCUUGUGGGAAUGUCUGAAGCCUGCCUGCACAGGAAGAGCCCCCCAGAGAGGCGCAGCGCACUGAAAAAUGAGCAGUCGCCCCGGCACCUCAUCCAGGCCACCUGGACCAGCUCCAUAUUCCAUCUGGACCACGACGAUGUGAAUGAUCAGAGCGCCCCUAACGCCCAGACCUUCCAAACGGAAGAGAAGAAAUGUAAAGGCUACAUCCCCAGUUACUUAGACAAGGACGAGCUGUGUGUCGUGUGUGGUGACAAAGCCACCGGCUACCACUACCGCUGCAUCACGUGUGAAGGCUGCAAGGGUUUCUUUAGAAGAACCAUUCAGAAAAAUCUCCAUCCAUCCUAUUCCUGUAAAUAUGAAGGAAAAUGUGUCAUAGACAAAGUUACAAGAAAUCAGUGCCAGGAAUGUCGCUUUAAAAAAUGCAUCUACGUUGGCAUGGCAACAGAUUUGGUCCUGGACGACAGCAAGCGUCUGGCCAAGAGGAAGCUGAUCGAGGAGAACCGGGAGAAGAGGCGGCGGGAGGAGCUGCAGAGAUCCAUCGGUCACAAGCCCGAGCCCACCGACCAGGAGUGGGAGCUCAUCAAGACCGUCACCGAGGCCCACGUGGCCACCAACGCCCAAGGCAGCCACUGGAAGCAGAAGCGGAAGUUCCUGCCAGAAGACAUUGGACAAGCACCAAUAGUAAACGCCCCAGAAGGUGGAAAGGUCGACUUGGAAGCCUUCAGCCAUUUUACAAAAAUCAUCACACCAGCAAUUACCAGAGUGGUGGAUUUUGCCAAAAAGUUGCCUAUGUUUUGUGAGCUGCCAUGCGAAGACCAGAUAAUCCUCCUCAAAGGCUGCUGCAUGGAGAUCAUGUCCCUUCGCGCUGCCGUGCGCUACGAUCCAGAAAGUGAGACUUUAACCUUGAACGGGGAGAUGGCGGUGACUCGGGGCCAGCUGAAAAACGGGGGUCUCGGGGUGGUGUCAGACGCCAUCUUCGACCUGGGCAUGUCGCUGUCUUCUUUCAACCUGGAUGACACUGAAGUCGCUCUCCUUCAGGCCGUCCUGCUGAUGUCUUCAGACCGCCCAGGGCUCGCCUGUGUUGAGAGAAUAGAAAAAUACCAAGAUAGUUUCCUGCUGGCCUUUGAACACUAUAUCAAUUACCGAAAACACCACGUGACUCACUUUUGGCCAAAACUCCUGAUGAAGGUGACAGAUCUGCGGAUGAUUGGAGCCUGCCAUGCCAGCCGCUUCCUGCACAUGAAGGUGGAAUGCCCCACGGAACUCUUUCCCCCAUUGUUCUUGGAAGUGUUUGAGGAUUAGACUGACUCAUUCUCAUAAUUCCAACAGCACUGCUGGGUGUCAUUUCAUUCCAUUGCCUAGCUCUUUUUUGUUUGUUCCUUUAUUUCUUUGUGUUGGGAGGGAUUGUUUGGGGGAAAGGGGAGGUAGUCCUUGGCCUAGACAUGGAUGAAAUUGCCCCUUGAAUGCGGGUACUUGUAACUAC